AAAAGUGAUAUAUAGAGACUUCAAAACAUCAAAUAUAUUACUUGACUCGAAAUAUAAUGCAAAACUUUCCGAUUUUGGCUUGGCAAAGGACGGGCCUGCAGGCGAUAAUAGUCACGUCUCUACGAGAGUAAUGGGAACAUACGGCUAUGCGGCUCCCGAAUAUGUGGCCACAGGUCAUUUGACCAAAAAGAGUGAUGUAUACAGCUUCGGCGUUGUGCUCCUCGAAAUUAUGUCCGGAAAACGUACACUUGACAACAAUAGGCCAUCCGGGGAACAUAAUUUAAUUGAAUGGGCCAAACCUUACCUAAACAGCAAACGCCGUAUCUUCCAAGUUAUGGAUGCUCGCAUCGAAGGCCAAUACACGUUGCGUCAAGCAAUGAAAGUAGCUGACCUUGCGGUUCAAUGCUUGUCUGUCGAACCAAGAUUCAGACCAAAAAUGGACGAGGUCGUAAGGGCAUUAUAG